GUACUGCCGCCAAGACCUAUCCACACCAACCUCGAGCCGAGAUUUCUAGCACCUGACGUGUUCUCCGUGUUCAUCAUCCGAGUGCAGAAGUGAUAUAUCGUGUCACAUCCGAGUAGCUGAUACUUGAGAGAGGCCUUCAGGUGCGUCCCUUCGCGCUGCGGUACCGAAGAGAGGCGUGACAAGUGCUGCAGCUUAAUCCCACACUCUCGCACGACUCCUUCUCAGCGAUGGCCCCGAACUUCCUAUCCAAAUUUGUCAACAGGUCCCCGUCCAACUCCAUCAGCACUCGCAGCCCUGCAGAUUCGCGGUCUUCCUCACCUGCUUCUGCUCAUAAGGUGCCGCCGUCGAUCACCAUCGACUCCGCCAUCUCCAACCGCCUCGAUUCCACGAACGCACGCCUGCGGCGACAUACCACCAUAGGGAGCUCUUCCCCCUCGUUGACCGGGAGUACCGAGUCCUUCCCGAUGGUCACAGCCGUCCCGCCUUCGCCUCGGAGUGUGAAAUACGGCUCUGACCUAAACGACGGUGACUCUACCCGAUCGCCGCGCACGUUGUCAGACGGCCAAGAUGGAGUGUCUAACGGGAACGGAUCCGCAAAACGCGUGCCUCUCUCCACGAGCACCAACGGCUCUGUCACCGCGGUCGACGACAGUGGCCUGGCGACGCCCACGCCCGCGACGACGCGCACCACCUUCUCCGACGCUCAGAUGUCUGAGCGCUCGCUGGCGCACUCCAGGUCCGCUGGCAACCUGCGCAAGUCGCCCUCGCGCAAGAGCCCGACGGGUCAGAACUCACGGGCACAGACACUCAUAGAGGAACACUCGCCGGAGAAAGAGAAGGGGCGGGACCGCAGCCGCAGCCGCAGCCCCCGUCUCUCGUUGUCGAAGAAGGCAAGCAAGGCGAAGCUGCUCAACCCGGAGUCGCCGCGCUCUCGUAAGAACUCGACGAAGGGUGGUAAGCAUGAUCGGGCAGCGUCGGUGCCCUCGCUCCCGGUCACGAAUAUCCAUACCCCUCCGCCGCUCCCACCCAGCGUCACAGUUACAGACGACGGCACGCUCACAACUUCGCCCGUCUCCUCAGAGUUCCCGAGCGGCCCACCAAACACGUCGGUUUCUGGGAGGUACAACGCAGUCCCGCCCCUCCCACCAAUUUCAGUAAACCUCCUCGUGCCGGGCAACUCGGAUGCAGCCAGUAUGUACAGCGUGGACAGCGCCACGCGUGGGAAGAAGGUAUGGUCGAGGAAGGCCAGGAGCGGGAGCGGCAACUCGCAGACGACCCCCACGUCCAGUGCCCUCUCGCUGAGUCCCAAGAGGAAGGGCACCGCGAAGGGCAUCGCAGGUGCAAUUGCCGCAUACGGCUUGGCGAUGGGCAUGGGUAUGACGCCCGUGCCUCCUAUGGACCUCUCGCAGCUCCCGCCGACGCCAGGAACGACCUCCGCCCUCUCGUCGCGUGGCCACCGCCCACGACGCAGCUCUGAUAUGUCGCGUGGGGGCCGCGGCGGUCGAAGUGGGCUGGAGGAUAUGGACGACGAUCUGGACCUGGACGCGGAUGGUGUACCGGUGACUGGCUUCGCAGUAGCCAGCAACAAGCACUACCAAGACUUCCAUGAGCUCUUCCCGUCUGCCCCGGAGGGCGACUAUCUCAUAGAAGGCCAUCUGUACGUGUCCGAGAACCAGAUCUGCUUCCACGCGAACACCUUCGGCUGGAUCACCGACCUAUGCAUCCCGAUGUACGACGUGACUGCGUUCGAGAAGCGCAUGGCCGCGUUUGUCAUCCCGAACGCGAUCCUCGUCACGACGACGCAGCAAAAGUACACCUCUAUGUCCUUCCUCUCGCGCGACACAACCCACGACGUGAUCCACAAUGUCUGGCGUCUCCCGCGCCCCGGCGAGUCUUCCGCGCGGCCGUCUCCUCGCAGGUCGCUCGACAUCACCGACAGCAAGAGCGAGGUUGGUAUGGGCUCCCCGCAGCCGGGCGCGAGUUCGAUGGCCGGUUUGAAGCCCAAGGUGACGACGAUCUGCGAAUGCAGGCGGAAGGGCGAGCACUACUCGGAGCUUGCGAUGAAGAGCAUCCUCCCCGGCACGCCGGAGAAGAUUUACAACCUGAUGAUCACGGACCUCCAGACAUCUCAUUGGAUACCCGUGACAGAGGGCUCGCAGCUGCUCUGCUGCCAGAUGUCCUACACGAAGCCCCUUAACGGUAGCAUCGGGCCCAAGUCCACCAAGUGCGAGCUUCGCGACGAGAUCGUCAAUCACGACUUCCGAGUCGACGACUACGUUACGAUGCUAACGACGACGCGGACGCCUGACAUGCCCAGCGGUGGUGUGUUCUCCGUGAACACGAAGACGUGCCUCACGUGGGCGAGUGCUGUGUCGACGAAGAUCGUGGCCACCGCUCAGGUAGAGUGGACUCGAUGUAGUUUCAUCAAAAGUAUGUCCGCUACGGAGUCACCCCGGCCCAGCCUCGAGGAUCCCUCGCUCAGCGACUUGGAGCGACACAAGUCGCCGUACGACACGAUCGAGUGCACAUUCAAGUUCGGGAAGCAGAGCGCGGAGGGCGCGAUUGAGCUCAUCAAGGACGCGUGGGACCAGUCGUCGACGACGACGAUCGUGUACUUCAUGAUCAUGUUCCUGCCCCGCGUUGCAACGUGA